AAAUCAAACGAAAGGAAAUACGCAAAACCAGUUAAACUAUCAAGACUAUCAAGAUAUUGAUAUAAGCGAGCUCGACAAACUUAAAGUAUUAGGUGGUGAUGUCUCAAAAAUUGCAAGAUAUAAUAAUACGCAUGAAUGGUUGGAAUCCUUAAAGUCUUAUGAUAAUUGCGAAAUUAUCUUGUAUGAUGAUAAAUUAUCACUCUAUGAGCUACUUCCAGAAAAAUUGAAGUCAAAAGGCUAUAAAAUAUUUGCUUCAAUUUUUAAUGUAGCAGACAGAGAACCGUUAAAUACAUUUAGUAUUAGGAUCGAUUAUCAAGAUUCGGAUAAUCCGUACUUUGUGAUUCAUUGCCUUGAACCAGUAACAAAAAAUUCGCCACCAAUUAGUCUUUUAAUACCUUGGAUGAACCAUGACGAUGCAGAAAUAGAAAUUCCAGGAUUGAUUACACAGAAACAUUGUUGGAUAGGUACUUGUGUUUUACACUGUGAUGAAAAUCCAGGUGACCCUGCCGUAUCUCGCCCUCUUAUUAUGGAACCAGAAGGACAAAUUUGGGAAAGUAGAGAAAAUAUGAAACACCAAACAAAGAACAAAAAUAAUAUUUUUACUAUGCGUAGAUGGUUAUUGCCUAGAGAUGAAAGACUCAUAUUUGCAAGUCUUUUUGGUUCAAAUUCAUAUAAAUAUCAGUGUCAUCCUUUUUUUUUAAACAUUAGUCAGGAUUAUUUUAUUAUUAAAUCAUUUGAAAAUUUUGUCAAUCAACCUAUAAAUCAAAUUAAUUAUGUUGCUAUGCCAAGAGUAGAAGGUAAUGAAAAAAAGGAAACAAAGGAAAUAUUUAAAGAGAACACUCAACCUAUUUCUAGUAAUCAUGAUCAUUUGGAUCCAAUCUUUACUGAAAACAUAAUAAAGUUUCUCAAAUUAAAAAACGGGUUAAUUGUUGACUCAAGAGACAUAUAUACUGCAACAAAUCAGGCAUUCAAUUUUGAAUCAAUUGCCAAAAAUAUUAAAGGAUGUUACGUAAAAAUAUCAUUACCGAAAGAUAGAAAAGAAUUAUAUUUAUUGAAGAAUCAUAUGGAUAUUACUUCUUUCCAAUUGUUACCUCCAAAGUUGAUUCAAAUUAUGUUAAAAUCAAACAUUCUUAAUGAUAAUCUAUGUUUCGAUCAUGUUCAAUUUGAAGUUUAUUAUCCAAAAAUUGAAUUGAAUUUGAAUAAAGAGACUAUUAAGCCAGCAAAAGAGAUAAAAAAAAGCUGUGGACAAUGCAAACUUAUUCUUGGACAAAAAUUAUACAGAACAUCAGUUAGGACACCGGAUCUUGAUGAACAGCGAUUAGAAAUAAAGAAAAAUUUUUUUCAGAAUUAUUUAUCGAAUAUAGAAGAACUUUUUGUUCUAUGGGACUAUCAGUAUAGAUUUGAUGAAACAUAUUUAAUGACAAAAGAAGGAAAGUCAAUCGAAAAAAAUAAUGUCGAAAAAUGGGUAGCUGACAAUUCUAAACAAGACUUUAAAUUAUUACGUAUUAUUAAUCGAAGUAAAUUUAUACCAUUGUAUGAAAUAUUCGAAAAGCCAAUUAGCCGUCAAAUUAAAACAAUUUUAGGAAUAGACAAUCUUCCAAAAAUACUUAUGACAGGAAUUGUGCAGGUCAUUAAAGAUGUUAAAUAUUAUAAAAUAAACUUUUCAUCGAAUUUGGGAAGUAGUAAUUACUAUAUUUUUGCAAAAUUAACUAGUUCUAAUAAACAAUCUUUUGAUAAAACUAUUGUGAACAUACAAUCUGAAAGUAAGAAAGGUUUUUUAGCAAUAAUUGAAACUUUUGAUGAAAUCAAAUGUAUAGACACGACAGACUUGCAAAUUAUAUGGAUGUUAAUUGGGUUUCCGGAUGAGAUUAAUUUUUACAGUAUGCGCACACGAGAUUUAUCAUUACUAAGCAUGGAAAGUAAAGAAAUAAUUCUAGAUAAACAUAACAACAAACGUGUAGUUAUAAGUGUUCCAAAAAAUUUACCGAAAGGCUCAAUAAUGGCUUUAUCAUUUGAAUAUCCCUUGUUCAGUAAUGAUUUAACCAUUCGAGACGAUAAAAUUAGAUUAGAUAUCGAUUGCAGUCUAUACGAUGAUUAUUCCGAAUAUACAAAAUCUGACA